AUGGACACCCCCCCAAUGGACACCCCCGCGAUGGCCGCCGCCCCCAGCUUCCUCUCCCUCAUCGACGGCGUGACGGUCGGGUCCUUCCUGCUCGUCGCCGCGCUGCUGUUCCUCGCCUACGCGCUCUCCGUGUUCCUGCUCCCGCCGCGCACCAGCACCAAGCUGCGCGUCAUCUUCAUCUGGCACCUCUUCGACGGCCUCAUCCACUUUGUCUUUGAGGGCAGCUUCCUGUACUACUCGUUCACGGCGCGGGCGGCCACGGGGCUGACGGGGCCGAGCUCGCACGUGCUCUGGGGCGACAGCGCGGUCGCGUACGGCGCGCGCCACUCGCAGGCGCCGCUGGCGAAGCUGUGGCAGGAGUACGCAAAGGCGGACUUCCGGUGGGGCGACAGCGACAUCUGCGUGGUGGCGCUGGAGCUGCUGACGGUGUUUGUGGGCGGCCCGCUGGCGCUGUGGAUCUGCGACAUGGUGCGGCGGGAGGACCAGAGGAUGUGGUUCUGGGUGACGGUGCUGGCGACGGGCGAGCUGUAUGGCGGAUUCAUGACCUUUGUGCCCGAGUGGCUGACGGGAAGCCACAACCUGGAGACGAGCAACUUUAUGUACAAAUGGGUGCACCUCUUCUUCUUCAACACAAUCUGGGUGUGGAUCCCGCUGUGGCUGCUGUACGAGGCCUACAACACGUUCCUGCCCGCGCUGCAGCUGCAGGCCAUGGUCAGCAGCGAGGAGGACGAGGACGACGACAGCGAGGGCGAGGGCGAGGGCAAGAAGGCGAGGUAG